CGGAAGUGACGUAGUGUACGUGACGCAGUGUGGACUCUCGCGAGACUCUAAGGCUAAACCUUGACGUGAGAGUAAGUGACUCUGCUGCUGCUGCUGCUAUCAUGCUGAAAGCGACCACAAAGCUAAACCUCAGGACGUUGUCAGGACUGAUCCGGAGGUUUCAGAGUACCCUGGUGGUUGCAGAGCACAACAAUGACACCCUGACGCCCAUCACUCUCAGUGCUAUCACAGCAGCCAGCAAACUCGGUGGGGAGGUGUCAUGCCUCGUUGCUGGAACAAACUGCACUAAGGUGGCAGAGCAGCUUUCACAAGUUGAGGGACUGAAAAAGGUUCUGGUUGCACAGCAUGAUGUCUAUAAAGGAUUGUUACCAGAGGAGUUGACACCUCUCAUCUUGGCAACUCAGCAACAGUUCAAUUUUACCCACAUCUGUGCUGGAGCGUCUGCCUUUGGAAAGAAUCUUCUUCCCAGAGUGGCCUCCAAACUGGAUGUUGCACCGAUCUCCGACAUCAUCGAGAUCAAAUCCCCUGACACGUUUGUGAGGACAAUUUACGCAGGAAAUGCCCUUAGCACUGUCAAGUGUAAUGAAAAAGUCAAGGUCUUCACAGUGAGAGGGACUUCAUUCGAACCUGCUAAACAGGGAGGAAGUGCGACGUCAGAACAAGUGUCUCCUGCUGCUCCUGUUGGGAUCUCUGAGUGGGUGGAACAGAAUCUGACCAAGAGUGACCGACCUGAGCUCACCGGGGCCAAGGUUGUUGUGUCUGGGGGCAGAGGUCUGAAGAGUGGUGAGAACUUCAAGCUGCUGUAUGACCUGGCCGACAAGUUAAACGCUGCUGUUGGUGCCUCCAGAGCUGCAGUAGAUGCUGGAUAUGUCCCCAAUGACUUGCAGGUUGGACAGACAGGAAAGAUUGUAGCUCCUGAGCUGUACAUUGCAGUUGGAAUUUCUGGAGCUAUUCAGCAUCUUGCUGGAAUGAAGGACAGUAAGACUAUUGUUGCGAUCAACAAGGAUCCUGAGGCCCCCAUCUUCCAGGUUGCUGAUUUCGGCCUGGUUGCUGACUUAUUCAAGGCUGUUCCUGAGAUGACCGAGAUUCUGAAAAAGUGAAAUUCAUUAUUCAUCUUUUAACUGAAACAUACUCAGGAGCCUUGACUGUAACCGUGCAGGACACACGCCUAAGGAUACGUCAUUCCUCCUGCAUUCUUCUGUCCUGAUGCACACACCCGGCCUUUCUUUUUUUUUUUUGGUAAAGUUUUCAGGAGUCUACAUGUCAUGUUACUUUAUUUAAUAGAAUCAUAAUGUUGUCAGUAUAUUAAUGAUGUCUGAUCUAAUACGUCAGUGUGUAACAGCAGCACAAACAAUCCUUAUUGAGUAAUAAAUAUCAACUCUCAUCA